AUUUGUUGUCACGUGACAAUUUGUCACAUGAUCGUAGAAAGGAAGUAUCGUUGCUAGGGUAGAAGGAAAAGGAUUGUCCUGUGAUAUCUAAACCUUAAAAAUGAGUGCUAGUUUGGAUAUUAGACUGAAAAGAGCUAACAAAGUUUAUCACGAGGGGGAGGUCCUAGCAGGUGUUGUGGUGUUAGUGAGUAAAGAGGCAGUGCAGCACCAUGGUAUCUCUCUCACCAUGGAGGGCCUGGUCAACUUACAGCUGAGCUCCAAGAGUGUAGGAGUCUUUGAGGCCUUCUAUAACUCUGUCAAGCCCAUUCAACUGAUCACCAGCAACAUUGAAGUGGUCAAACCAGGCAAGGUUCCAGGAGGCAAGACAGAGAUUCCCUUUGAGUUCCCCCUCCACACAAAGGGCAACAAAGUUCUAUAUGAGACCUACCAUGGCGUUUUUGUCAACAUUCAGUAUACCCUGCGCUGUGACAUGAAGCGAUCCUUGUUGGCCAAAGAUCUUACCAAGACCUGUGAGUUUAUGGUGCACUGUCAGCCACAGAAAGCCAAGAUAGUCCCCACACCUGUAGACUUCACCAUCACUCCUGAGACUUUGCAGAAUGUACGCGAGCGGAGUUCACUGCCUAAGUUCCUUAUUCGGGGCAACCUCGACGCCACCAACUGUGUGAUCACUCAGCCCCUGACUGGAGAGCUGCUGGUGGAGAGCUCAGACGUAGCCAUCAAGAGCAUGGAGCUCCAGCUGGUCCGGGUAGAGACCUGUGGCUGUGCCGAGGGUUACGCCAGGGACGCCACAGAGAUCCAGAACAUCCAGAUAGCAGAAGGUGAUGUCUGCCACGGUCUCCCCAUCCCAAUCUAUAUGGUGUUCCCCCGGCUCUUCACCUGCCCCACCCUGGAGACCACCAACUUCAAAGUUGAGUUUGAGGUGAACGUGGUGAUCGUGCUCCACGAUGACCACCUGAUCACAGAAAACUUCCCUCUCAAGCUGUGUCGGCUGUAAAACCAUCCACAAGCUAAAUGGAGUGGAUAACACCGGAAGCUUAACACAGGACAGUGCCUUCAGUGUGCUCAGAUACAGAUGGGACUACAGACUAUAAACUAGAGACCACCGAGGUACUAGCUGGACGUCAACCAUAUCUGAAAUGCAAAGCAUACAGGGAGGAAACCGUCUUAAGGACCUGGACCAUCACACCUUUGACAUCAAGACCUACAGGGAGAGAGUCGGUCCCAUUAUGUGGAAUGUUAAAUGAAUGUUUGGUGGAAGAACUUGUUACGGCAAAUAAUGUUUAACAGCUGCAACUAAUCCAGUAAAUAUUAUCAAAAAGGA